AUGCGAGCCCCCCUCAGGCAAGCCAUCAACGAUGCAAGGAUGACUGACGGUAGGGAGGAGAUUCGUCAGGACUCUCUUGCUGACGACAUCGUUGAGAGAGAAGCAUGGCUGAGAUCCUUCGGCAUGACUCCCUAUACCUCUCCAGGCGACUUCGACAUGUCUAAGAUCAAGAAGAAGAGCGCUGAGUUUCUGGAGGAGAAGAAGAUCAAUGGUACACUUUCUGUCGACAAGCUUCCAUCCUGUGAGAAGAUCCCUGGCAAGGUCACCGCUAGCUUCAAGCAGCACCUCAAUGCUCUUAAACAACCUACAAGGGACUGCCUGACUUCACCCGAGUGGAGAGGUGCUCGCAACCAAGUCCGCCAGGCUCUUGAACAAAACAGCAUUGAGAAGAUGGUUGUCCUUGGUCCGGGCAGUAUCUUCGCCUGUACCACCGAGUACACCUUUUGGCAAUAUGAAAUGGCCUUCAUCCUAGCCAUCUUUGAACUCGUUAAGCAACAAGACCAGAGCACAAAGACUCGCACUCCUGUGCUCUACUUCCAGGAUCCGAAAUUCUGCAUCGCAGACUAUCUUUUGCUGAGCGAGCUCGGUGGCCAAAUUGUCGAUCAUCCGGAGGCUUUUGUACGCCACAUUGACGAACGCACCCUCGUGUUCGCAAAUCUGCAUCUCGUCGGUAAGCCUUUACCUUUCAGUGAAGAGCCAUCGCAUAAAGAACUGAACAUCGUCACUGUCCAACAGAGUCUUCCAGCGGCUACCGAAAAUGCACUCUACCUCCAGAGCAAGUACAAUGAGUUUGAUCCCAACUUCGACAUCCGCGGCGUAGCUGACAGGUUCAUCGCGGAAAGACAAAGUGCCGAAUUGCACGAGACGAUGCUCCAUCUGUUCACUAGCAUUCCUGACAGUGAGAACAAUCUUUUUGGCCUGAUGUCUAUCUUCUGGUUACCAUCAGUAGAAGACAGUGGUACCCUACGUCAGACAAAGCAGGUGGAGUCGUUGGGCAAGAAGGCCAAGAAAUGGUUGGAAUCGUUGUAA